AUGUUUAAAAUGGAUUUCCGUUUUUCUUUUCUUUUGCCAUGCAUGCUGGUGAUUCUGACCAUUAUUGAUGGCAGGGCUUGUACUGACAUAAUCCGGAUUGUUGGAGACAUUGGCGGGAAUAUUUCUUUCUCUUUGGAAAGUCAACAUCUAAGCAACAUCUCAGUAACAAAAGAGAUGAACUGUUCUCACUCGGUGGAUUUAAACGUGGACUGUUGCAAUGAUUGUGAUAAACGGAUGUGCUUGAGGAAUGGAUUCCUGGAGAUGAUGAAUUUAUCAGAAAAUGAUGACGGGAAAUAUACAAUUGCUCUUGGAAAUGACAGCAAAACUUUCUCACUUGAAGUAUGUGAGCUGCCUCUAGCUAUUCAUAUUCAUUGUCUAUCUGAUGGAAGAGCAAAUCUGUCCUGUGAAGUAGAUGGCCAAUCCAAUGACAGUAUUUACUGGACUCUGAAUGGGAGAAGCAUAAAUGAGGCUGAUGUUUGUAAGAAGGAAGGUGGCAAGAGGAUUAUUUUGGAAAAAGGGGCACAUGGAAAGCUGGUUUGCCAUAGACGAAACACUUGUAGCAGCUCCUCCAUUGAGCUGUCAUGCAGUGAUGGGAAUGAUGGGGAUCUGCUGCAGCACCCUCUCUUCCUGUACAUUCUGGCAGCAUGCGGAGGGGGUGCUCUCCUGCUGGCCAUUAUUGCUUCACUGAUCACAUGCUGCUGCAUGAAAAGCAAGCAUCAUUUCACUCCAGUGCCUGUGGAAGAUGAGAAGGAUGAGGGAAUAACUCUAUCCGCCAUUUCCAGUGAAGGACCAAAGAGUCCCCCUAAUGGAGACCACUGUGAAACUACAGAUACACUUGUUGGCAGCACCAUCAAUCUUGGACCUGAGACCUGCGAGAUGGAUCCAAAUCCUACAGUGGAGCCUGAGCUGGAAUUUGAGCCCAAAACAGAGGACAAAGAUGGAACAGGGACUGAGUUUCAAGAAAUCAUGGUUGACAGCGCUGCCCUGGAGACUAUGGACGAUUGUUUCCCUGAUCCUAUUGAUAAUUGAUCAGAUGUGCUCCCCUUAACCCAUCCUGCAGUCUAGAGAAUCAGUGCCUCUUCAUUCCAAGCUACUAUCUCCAUAAUAAUAUUGUCCUUUGUAAAUCACCCACCUACAGAUAGCCAAACUUACAAAGCCACCAAAAAAUAGUCCUCAUGAGCCAAUGUAUUGCUCCUGCUCCAAACAGCAAUUAGAUUUAGAAUUAAAUAUGACAAUUCUACAUGUAAGACUAUCUUCAAAUGUUCUGAAUAAUUUCUCUGGUUUCUAUGACAAUUUCCAGUCUUCUCAAACUGCUGAGAUUCUUGGUUCCAUCCAG